AUGGGCAUUAAAGGACUCCACGGCCUUCUCAAAUCAAUUCAGAAGCCAUGUCACGUGAAAAAGUUCAAAGGGCAAACCCUCGGGGUAGAUGCGUAUGGCUGGCUACAUCGCGGCACUGUUGCCUGUGCUGUUGAUCUCGUUCUCGACAGGCCUACAACAAAACAUGUUGAUUUCGUCCUCAAUCGUGUCCGCAUGCUCCUCUACUUCGGGGUAACCCCGUACCUUGUCUUCGAUGGAGACAAUCUCCCCAGUAAAUCCGGUACCGAGUCCGAGCGGCUUCAGAAGCGGCAGGCGAGUAAGGCUCUUGGAUUGGAGCUUCAACGGAAGGGCCGUAUGGCAGAGGCCUACCAGGAACUACAGAAGGCCGUGGAUGUGACUCCUUAUAUGGCUCGCCAAUUGAUCGAGGAACUGAAGAAGAUGGAAGUCCAAUACGUCGUCGCGCCGUACGAGGCAGAUGCACAGUUGGUAUAUCUUGAACGGCAGGGCAUCAUCAAUGGGAUCAUAUCUGAAGACUCGGAUUUACUUGUCUUCGGCGCCAAGAGAUUGCUGUCUAAACUCGACCAACAUGGCGAUUGCAUUGAGAUUAAUCGAGCAGACUUCACGGCCUGUCGCGAGGUCAGCUUGAUAGGAUGGACAGAUGCUGACUUCCGACGAAUGUGUAUCCUUAGUGGCUGCGAUUAUCUUCCCAACAUCCCCAGAAUGGGCCUGAAAACAGCUUAUCGGAGCAUACGAAAGUACAAGAACGUUGAGAAAGCACUUCGUAUGCUGCAAUUUGACGGUCAAUUUCACGUUCCCGCUGAUUACCUUGAGAAUUUCAAGCAAGCGGAGCUCACAUUCCUAUACCAGAGAGUUUUCUGUCCUAAGGCCGGCAAGCUCGUCCCUCUGACUCAGCCCGAAAAGGAUGUGAACCUGGAGGAACUGCCUUUCAUCGGUCGCGAUGUGGAUGCAGAAAUCGCGCUCGGUGUUGCACUUGGCGACUUGGAUCCAACGACGAAAAAGCAAAUUGUGCUAAAACCCCCAGCUCCUGGGAAGAUGGCAAGCGGAAUUACUCGGCGGCAGACGCUCGGCUCUGCGGCAGAGUUAAAGCCAAAGAAGCCCAUCAGCGCAUUCUUUACUCCAAAGCGGAUGCCGUUGGCUGAACUAGACCCCAACAGUCUAACGCCGUCUCCGAGUCAGCAACGACUGCUAGAGCGUCAUGCCAAUAGUUCUUGGGAGAGUAGUCCUGCGCCAUCGCGGCCAGGCGUUAUUAGGUCGGCGUCUGCCCUGGAUUCCUCCAACCGUUUAUCAAGUCCCCUAGUCAGAAGUGUGGAGCGUACCUCUUUCUUGGCUCGCGCGGCUAAAGCGUCGACUUUUCAACCCGCCAAACGGCAACGCCUUUGCGCCGACACAGAGGAAGAAAGCUUACCGGAGCGUGCAGACUGCCGCAGUCGUUUCUUCGCGCCUUGCACCAACAGCUCUAGUCCAAGUGGCUCGAAGGCUGCUCGAACCAAACGCAAAUCGACGUUGGAAGUUUUCUCCGAUGAGCUCGCAGAGCAAAUAAUGACCCACCUACCUGACCCCGAUCACAGGUCCAGCGACUCCAAGGAAGGCGUUGAUCCGCCCGGAUCGUCUAUGUCAGACGAGAAAGAUGGCAAACCAGUGCUGUCAAAUUACGUCUUCAAGCCCCAGUCUAACGAGCGUAACUCUGGCGCGUCCCGCGAUCUGAUGUUGUCAACCUCGUCUGGUCCUUCCCCACGGCGUCGGCUCACUCCCUUGCAGCGCCUUGGUCAAACUGCUCUUGCUCGUUCUCGAUCUGUGAAUGCCCUGCCCCAGACAAAGGCAUUCAUCCCUCCCAGCCUGGUUGAACGUUCAGCGACAACCUCUACUCAGGGCAGCGAAGACUUGAUUAUUCCGAACACUGACGACGAAGAUGAUGGCGAUGAUACCAACAAACCGCAGGAGCCGGUUAAUCUGGAACAGUUCUUGUAUGCCAGAUAA